CUUUGUUUGGUCCCAUUCCAGAUCCUUCCUGGAUAUUUUGAAAGGUCUUUAAGUAGACUUCCUUUCCUCUCCUGUUCGCGAGAAAGAGAAAAGAGCGAGAAAAAUGGACGCAAUCAAGAAGAAGAUGCAGGCGAUGAAGCUGGAGAAGGACAACGCCAUGGACAGGGCAGACACCCUGGAACAGCAAAGCAAGGACUCCAACCUCAGAGCCGAAAAGGCCGAGGAAGAGGUGAGGGCGUUGCAGAAGAAAAUGCAACAGGUGGAGAAUGACCUCGAUCAGGUCCAGGAGCAACUGACCCAGGCCAACACCAAGUUGGAAGAGAAAGACAAGGCCCUGCAAAAUAGAGGCCGGACCGGGCGCAUGAGUGCGAACCAGGACGUGCGGGGAGGUCACGUGGAAGCGCUGCAGCAUGGCGGCGUGCAGAGGCAGCUCCAAGAUGGCUGCGCCGGGGCAGGCACAUACUCGCUCUCGGAGACCCGGGCGUGGACGUGCACGGGCUUCACGCCCCGUAUCCUUCCAACAGCAGCCACAGAGACAGUCCGUCCCGAAGACACUGAAGAUUCCACGGACUCCUUGAGUCGUGCUUCCAGUACCAGUGACCUGGGAUUCAGUGAGUCGUCUGACAUCUUCGCCGAUGAGGCUUCGGCCACGACAGGCAGUCAUGCAAGGAAUUGCACGGUCUUCACGUCGGGAGACUAUGACGAUCCUGAAACUGCAGAACUGGCGAAAUUGCGUUGCCCCAGCGUGUGUACUGAGGUGCUGUCAGAGAGGCAUCGGAGGAAGGCCCGAUAUAGUGCCGAUUAUCCCGGCCUUGCCUUUGGAUCUUCCAUAUUCUCUUCCAAUACCAUGAUGAAGUUCAACAUCAUCAAGAACGAACUCCACAAUGUCAUGAACGUCCAGCUGAAACGGGGAUCUCUUCUGGACGUAUUGAAAAAGAAAAUGCGUCAGACUAAGGAGGAGAUGGAGAAAUAUCGAGACGAUUACGACGAAGCGACAAGACUCCUUCAGGUGGAAAAAUUAAGGAGAGAAGAAGCAGAGGCAGAGGUUGCAGCUUUGAACAGGAGGAUCCAGCUGCUUGAAGAGGACUUGGAAAGAUCAGAGGAACGUUUGGGAACAUGCACCACUAAGUUGGCUGAAGCUUCUCAAGCCGCUGAUGAAUCAGAACGGAUACGAAAGGCGUUGGAGAAUCGAACCAACAUGGAGGAUGACCGUGUGGCCAUUCUGGAGGCCCAGCUUGCUCAGGCUAAGCUCAUUGCAGAGGAAGCUGAUAAGAAAUAUGAGGAGGUGCUUGAGAACCGCUCGCUAUCCGAUGAGGAGCGGAUGGAUGCCCUGGAGAACCAGCUCAAGGAAGCUCGAUUCAUGGCUGAGGAAGCUGACAGAAAAUAUGAUGAGGUGGCACGUAAGCUGGCCAUGGUUGAGGCUGAUCUUGAGAGAGCAGAAGAGCGUGCAGAGACAGGAGAAUCCAAAAUUGUGGAGCUGGAAGAAGAGCUUCGUGUUGUUGGCAACAACUUGAAAUCUUUGGAGGUUUCAGAAGAAAAGGCCAACCAACGCGAAGAGGCCUACAAGGAACAGAUCAAGUCCCUCACAGGCCGGCUCAAACAGGCUACCCAGAGAGAGGAAGACUAUGAAGGUCAGAUCAAGGCCCUUUCUUCCCGGUUGAAAGAGGCUGAAGCUCGUGCUGAGUUUGCUGAGAGGUCUGUGCAGAAGUUGCAGAAGGAGGUCGACCGACUAGAAGACGAGCUGAUCCAGGAGAAGGAGAAGUACAAGGGCCUCUCAGACGAACUGGACCAGACCUUCACGGAACUGUCUGGCUAUUAAAAACAUCACUCAAGUAUUGGGAGCAACAUCGACAUGAUGCACAUGCGAACAAAAGAGAAAGAAACCAUGAUCCAUCAUCGCUCUGUGCUCUUUCUGCCCAACUUCUUCUGUCUUCCCCCUGCUUCCUCUGUGUUUUGUCUUUUUUCCGUCAAUGUAUAUAGUUGCCUCCUAAUCCGCCGGUUUUAACACCGACUUUGCCUCAGAACAUCCAGGAAGGAAGUUUAUAGACGUGCCUGCCCAUUCGUCGUCAACUGCUUUGGGGUUUUAUUUCAUCCUCUUCCAUUCUUUUUUUUGUCUUUUUUCCCCUCUCUCUCUCUCUCUCGUGUCUGUCCUCACCUUUUAAGGUGUCACUCAUAAGUUAAAAAGGUCGAUUCUCAUGACCUUCCAGUGUGAGAGUGGGUUUAGAAGAGAGAGAGAAAGAGGAGACUCACAAACUUUUUUUUGCAAAUUCUCCAGUGAAGCUAUAUUAUCGAUUUUUGUAUUUUGAAAAUUUAUGAACUUUUUUGCACAAGAUAUAAGUAUAGUAGAUGGAUCGGAUCAGAGAAUCGCUUGCCGUUGUUCACCUGCAAAAUUUUAGACGUGAGAGCCUUAGUCUUGAAAAACUGCCAUUUGGACCAUUGAAGCAUUAUUCGAAUGCCAGUGUAUUUAUUUGACGAGUUCCUUUUGUUUUUUUUUUUGGCAAUGAGGAUUAGAUGUGAGUGAGUCCGAAGAAGAUGAAAAUCUGCUGUUGGAAGAGUAAUAAUAAAAAGUCCUUGCCUCCUUUUAU